UGGAAGAAUCGGAUAUCAUCGAUCUUGAGAAACGCUAUUGGCUCCUGAAAGCUCAAUCAAGAACUGGCCGUUUUGAUCUGGAAACAUUUGGCCUUCUGGUUUCCCCUCCUAUUCAUCCAUCGCUGAGCGAAGGCCUGUUUAACGCCUUUGAUGAAAACCGCGACAAUCACAUAGACUUCAAGGAAAUCUCAUGUGGACUCUCGGCUUGCUGCAGGGGACCGCUGGCAGAACGGCAGAAGUUUUGCUUCAAGGUUUUUGACGUUGAUCGAGACGGGGUUUUGUCUAAGGUUGAACUCGAAGAAAUGGUCGUGGCCCUUUUGGAAGUCUGGAAAGAUAACCGUAUUGAUAACAUUCCAGAGCUGCACAUGAAUUUGCCUGAUAUUGUAGAAGAUAUUCUAAAGUCACACGACACUACCAAGCUUGGUCAUCUCACCCUUGAGGAUUAUCAGAUCUGGAGUGUGAAGAGUGCUCUUGCCAACGAAUUCCUGAAUCUGCUUUUUCAGGUGUGCCAUAUAGUCUUAGGUUUAAGACCUGCCACUCCAGGAGAUGAAGGACAAAUCAUUAGUCUGCAUUCCAAUCCGAUUCCCUCCGCCCCCGAGUUCGUUGGCAAGCUGAGAAAUAUCCUUUCGGCCACCACUCCCAAUGCCGAGACAUGUUUCGCUCGACAACUUAAUUCUUCAGACAACAACAAUCAGUGCCUCCUUGCAUCUAAUGGGAAUAUCUUACUGCAGUUGCUGAAUCCACAGCGGCCUGGAGCAAUUGAUAAUCAGCCACUUGUAACGCAAGAGCCCGUGAAG